AAACCACCUUCUUCAACAAUCCAAGCUCUUUAAUUCUUCUAUAAAAUCACGAACACAAUUCUGCAUCUAAAACCAUCAGCUCUCACUAUCAUCGUACCAAUGAAGCGAGAGGGUCGUCAACACGGUGUAGUUCGAAGCUACCCAAUCCUCCCCACUCCCUUGUCUCGUCAACGCCGAUACAUUAAAACGGUGGAUUCAGCCUCAGUCGCCGGUUUAUUCACCAAAGUUUCAAGCAAGCCCACAAAUCAGUCCAAAUUCACCGGAAAAUGCGGUACAGCCAGAUGCCUAGGUUGUCAUGUCCAUCCUGUGUGUAAGUCCAAAGACAAGGCCAAAGGAACCAUGAAGCUGAGAUCAAUUGGAUCCGAUCAUCGUAAACUGAUCGGUUGUCCUGCCGGUACUUCGGCCAUCGAUGCUUUAGCUUACUUAGCCAGGCAUGAAAGUUAUGAUGAUCAUGAUUACAAUGAUGAUGAUGAUAGUUAUAAGGAAUUGAUUGGGGUUGAAGAUGAAGAUGAGUGGGUGAGUUAUUUUGAGUGUUGGGGGGAUGGAGAAGGCUAUGCAGAUGAGCAUGGAGUUAGAGAUAUUAUGAUCGAUUAAAUUCAUAAUAACCGUUCAAAACUAAUUGUUCGCUUACUAAUGUAUUUGUAUUUUAUGCAAUAAUCGUGAUCUGAUUAGGUUACGUUUAAUUCAGUUUAUGCCCCAAAUCAA